AUGAACGCCAGUUCGAGAUCUGCCGAGUCGGCCUUCCAUCUCCACUUGCCGCCCACGCCAACAUCACCUUUCUCUGCCCGUCAUCCCGUCUCUGCUCACCCUGCCUUGAUCCCCACCACUGCGUCGCGAGGCUUUGCAUGUCUCGCAGCGAGAGGUCUGCCAGUCACGCCUCCUGACUCGCCAAUGGCAUCGAACAACGACGCGGGUCUCUUGGGAUAUCCCAUUGCAGAACGCCACCUCCUGAGCCUUGGGAUUCAUGAGGCCAUCCUCAUCAUGCUGCGUCGAAUGGGUGUACCAGUUCCAGAGCCCGUGGGCUACGAACCACCAUCACCACAUCCGCCUUCCACGGCGACCCAUACCAUCAGCAGCAACACCCUUGUCUCCUCCCAAGAGUCCGGCCACGAUGGUAUAUCUCUCUUCUGGCCGCCCGCUUCCUCACAGCUUGCACCAGAACUGAGCAGGACGCACACUCUCAUGACAUCCCACGAACCCGGCAUGACCCUCACAGAGGCCUGGCCCAGCAUGACGGCGCAGCAGAAGCAAUUCGUCCGAGAGCAGCUGGCCUCCAUCUUCCGCGAAGUGCGCAGCAUAAGGCCGUCGCCAGACCAUGUUUGGUUACCGUACAGCUUCCCUGUCCUGCCACUGCGGGACCGCUUUUGGCUACGGCAGACGACGAACCAGCCCCUACAUGAGUUUGACCCCAGAAACCCUGAGUUUCGUCAGCGGUACGGCCCCUUUUCAUCUCACGAAAGCUUUGUCGACGCUCUCGUCGAGAGAAUCGCCGCCGUCGCAUCGUUUGCACUCGAUGAGGAGGAGGAGGCCGAGGUCAUUGACGUGGUGAUGCACCUGAAAAAGUCAAGAGGAGGCGACUUCGUGUUCACGCACGGCAACUUUUGCGCCGACAACGUCAUCGUGGGCCCUGACGGGCGGGUUUUGGCCCUGCUGGACUGGUCGCAGGCAGGCUUCUAUCCGAGGUACUGGGAGUGGGUCAAGGCAAAGCUUGCAGCGCGUCAGCAUGGUGAGGAAUGUGACAAUGCCUUCGUUUCUGAGGGUGGUUUGGAUGUUAUCGAGCCUGGUGUCAGUUGGGAGGAUGAGCUCUGGAGCGUCGAGGCUGGUUUCGAUGUAAUCUGGUAA